CGGAACAACACACUUCUGCUGAAAGCCAACGUGCGCGGUGUUUAGGUCCGAGGGACCUCGUUGAUGGCUAUGGCGAGUAGCACACUGCGCGGCCAUAGCAAGCAACAGGCGCGAGAGUACAUCUUUAGAAAUGGCAUUUCUGCCCCAUGUCGAGGACGUGACCUGUACGCGUUGGAGAUGGAUGACCAAGUAUUUGACAUGUGGUACCUAGGCACCGUGCCUAUACGGCUAGUCAAUAUUGUUGGGCUACUGGUUGGACAUGAAUGCUGGGAUAACGAGCGAAAUUGGAAGACAACGUAUUUUAGUGAUCGAUGAUGGAACGCACGUUGUUGAAUGCAUUCAGACACUCGACAAACCGAAACAAGUAUCGCUACACAAGGGCAAACCCAAUUCAUCCAUUGCAGCGCCCUCAAAAGGCGACACCAAAAGCGAGCCAGCGAGUUCUACUGUUGUUUCCUUGAACCACCCUUCCCCGUUGCUACCCAUUGGCGCACUCGCCCGCGUCAUAGGCACUGUCAAGAUUUGGCACGAGGAACGUCAUAUCAACCUUCAGAAGAUCGAGCAUCUGAAGGACCUGAAUGAAGAGUAUAAACACUGGAAACUCGUAGAAAAAUGGCACCGAGAAAUUGCAACUGUUGGUGUGGAAUGCUUGCCACCCAUGCCUGUGACACCAAGUUGCGAGGGACGCAGGCGUCCUCAACCCAAUUGUACGAAUCUUGAGGGAGACGGUCUGGCGUCUUGUGCGUCAUCCGGUGGUGAUGACGUCUUUGCGCCCUCAGAUGAACUCCUUCACCCUUCACUCAUUCGUUCACGAGACCUCACCCUGAAGACUUUCGAGAUCUACCUUAUGUAUUUUAUGACCCACGACAAAUUCACAACACCAUCAAAUGCCGAGGACCCUUUUACACCCCAAAACAAACGCAUAAAACCCCCAGACCCUAAUCGUACCCCUACUCAGUCCAAGUUAACCACUUCUCUUCCUGUCCUUGAACAGAAAGGUUUUACGAUUAAUUAUCUUCGCAACGCACCUGAUUUGAGGUAUCUGGCUCGCCGAGUUGUACUGGCGGAGACAAGAAGGAGAGAUAGGGAAAGCCGUAAACGCGAAAAAUUGCGCGAAACACAGUCGAUAGCACCAAACCCACCUCACGACCAGCAUUCUUCUCGCACCACAGCAUCUAAAUCACAAUCCUCCACGCCAUCCAAAUCUCUUUCCUCGGCUUCCCUUACUUCAAGGAUGAAGAAGCUGUUCGAGACGGCUAUCCGAAGUCUGUAUCAAGCAGGCGAAAUUAUCGUCCUUCCAAGAUCUGGCGUGCAGUCCACUUCGCCUAUCCCACAAUCACGACCUACAACGCUUGAUGCGGGUCUUCCUUAUCCUGCAUGUCUUGGUCUGUUCCGUGUGUGGGAUGACCUCGACCCAGAUCGCAGUAUGCGCGCCGACGACUCAUAUACCACUAUCAGAUCUACAAUUUCCAAAUCUAGCAAAACAUCCAAAGCUCGGAUAUCUGUACAUGACGAAUCUGUUGCCGUUAUUGACGAAGAUCCCCCUCCCAAUCAUACCGGUUUGGAUGAAUACCUUCCUGUGACGCCGGAACUCUUGGCUGAGCCGGUCCUCCAGGCUGUGAAGAAGACAGCCAUUCGCUCCCCUUCCAAUCCGGACAACGGCACCAGCGUUGACAGGAUUGCAAGUUUCCUCAAGAAAAAUGAAUUGUGGGCACGAGUUGGCGAAUGGACUGUACAGGAAACGCUGAAGCUACUGUCUACCAGGGAACAGGUUUGGGAGUAUGCGCAAGAGAGGUGGAAACCUAUGACAAACUAGCCUAUCUCAUUUCAUAAUCCAAGAUCUUGAGGCAUCCAGUUGCGACAUCAUGACUGUAUCAUUAUGUAACACAUUGCGAUCGGA